GGGGAGGAGGGCAAUCCCUGCUUUUAUUUUUCUUUGCAGACAGCCAGGGUCGAGAACAAAAACAAACUUGAACUAGACGAGCCGUGUCAACUCUCGAUCUUAUUCUCUCGCUCGAGUAGGACUUACCUUAGCCUUUCCGCUGCAGCGAUUAUACGAUGUUAUUUUCCCUUUUGUUUUACUGAGGAAAACGAACGCGAAGGACUCUGAAGAAAAAAAAAUCAACAAAAAAAAACAACCAUUCGGGAAAAAAAAUAAAGUUGAUUUGUCUGCGAGUGCGCACUUUUACGCACGCCAUGCAACUUUAAGAUGUUGUCUCGACGCGACAUUGUCGCUUUGACCUGCGUUUCCUUUGUUGGCGUCACGUCGUCAGGACAGUAAGCAUGUGUUGCGGCUGAAGACACUAAAAGCCCACUCCAGCGUCGCCCUGAAAACACCAUGGGGGCCAAACAGAGCAGCCCCACAUAUGACGGCAGAACCCGGGCUUAUUCCAGCUCCGACCUCCCGUCCGGGAAUUCCAACGGUGGGGAAAGGUUUGCGGGAUUCAGGUACACCAAUGGACCAGACGGCCCCAGGAUCAGGUACACGGGUGGAGGACCGACCAGCUCCGGUCUCAGCAUACCAGCUGGGGGCAGGUCCGGUUCACACGCACUCAAUCAGAGUCUGGAUGGCACAGAUGGUGAAGAUGAGGGCCAGAUGACCCCUGAGGGCCACAGGUUGCUAAUAGGGUCCCUACCUGCUCAUCUGUCCCCUCGUCUGCUGACAGGUUUCCAUUGUCCUGUCUGCUCCAAGUUCAUGGCGUCUGAUGAAAUCGAGAAGCAUCUGCUCAUGUGUUUCAGCAAAUCGCGCCUUACCUACAACAAGGACAUCCUGUCCAGAGAUUCUGGUGAAUGUGCCAUCUGCUUAGAGGAGCUGGAGCAAGGAGACACCAUCGCCAGGCUCCCCUGCCUCUGUAUCUACCAUAAAGGAUGUAUAGAUGAGUGGUUUGAGGUGAAUCGCUCAUGUCCGGAACAUCCCUCCAACUAGCAAAGGGUACAACAAUGAAUCAACAGUACCUGAGCUUAUUUUAACACUGUAUGGUCCAGUGUUGUUGUAAUUAUGUUUUAAGUGCUCAUCAGGGAUUGGGAAACAUGAUUGUUAGAGGAUUAUUUAUGUGGCCUCAUGGGACAUCGAUGGAUUUAUUGGAUGGAGGUUGUUGUGUCAUGGAUUGUCUGAAGAACUACUGGAGGAGUCCGUUCAUGUGAAUGUUCUUUGGGCCCUCUCUGCUGGCUCGAGCCUUUCCUCAAACUGGGAUCUUUUGGAACUGUUUGCCAAACAGGGCACGAUUUAUACGGACUUGUAUGUAUCGGGCGUGAUGGCAGUAAUGUGACUUUUCAAUAGAGAUUUCUGGUUGCUGUUGCCUGUACUAUGUGAAAACAGCCACGCGGAAUACAAAACGCCUAUAUCAGCUUUAAGGGAUGAUUAGUGUUGAUGGCAGUUUUUUUUCCACUAUUAAAAAGACAAAUGUGUCCUAGACCGAAUAGUCUUAUCACGAAAUAGCCACACCACUAUUCUGAUCCACAUCCAUGCAAAUGUGUAGCAUAGAAGUGGAAUUAAAAGAUAGGCUCUUACAUAUCUUAGGCUCAUACAUAUCUUAACGGUGAUUUGUGCACAAAGGAGCGCCAUUAUAUGCUGCUAUGUCAUAGACUGGAAAGUUUCUAUAACCUUUGGAUCUUUGUUCAGUGUCAUUUCUAUUUGUACUGUAAUGAAUUGCACAAUAAAUGUUUCUGUCAUUGUGAAUCUGCACAGCAUACACCAUGAUGUUUUAACAUAAAAACUAAUUUAUGUAUAAAGUAUACGCUAUGAUGGCAACUGGACAUUGCUUGAUGCAAAUGAUUUUUUACUCAAAUGAAUGUAGUAUUUAAUAGGAUAUAGUAUUUUUUAGUCAUUUAGAAGGCCUGUUCUAAGAAAUGGAUGUAUAAAUAAACCAUAAAAGUGCCACCAUUUGA